UUUUAAAUUUCAUUCCCACGCACAAACAAUUGCAUCACGACUUUCCCGGCACACUAAAUCGUGAUGACAAUUUUUUAUUAUUUUAAUUAAUAUAUCAAUCAUUUAUAACUUAAAGCGGUAGCAAUAUUUCGUAUAAGUGCACAAAUUAUUGUGAAGCAUGCAAAAUUCUCGUUAUGGUAGUGGUUUACUAAACACGCUCGCGCGAAAUCUGAAGCUACGUGCAACACCACCUCAAUCGCCGCUGAAUGUAAUCACUCUAUUUGCCAAUAAAAAUGUGCAUCUUAGCAGCUACAUACAUGCACGCAACAGGAAAACUGGACCGCAACAUGUUUCGACACUUUUCAAACCGGUGGCUGUGCCGAGAAAUACAGACGAACAUGACGUAGGCACCGAAAUGGUGGGAAAACUGGACAAGGCUGAACUGUUGAAAAUUCUUAACAAGUUCACGCAAAAGCGAGAAAUUAAAAUUCUGUGUGUUGAAAAUGGUCUAGAUUCUUACCUCCAGCAACAAGCAUUCGCCUCGUUUCGCCGCUAUUGCAUUGAAGCGGAAAACCUUCCAGUGGAUUUGCACAUAACCAUUAGUGAUAUACUGCAAAAUGCCGGACACGUUGAUGAUAUCUUCCCCUAUUUCCUCCGACACGCAAAAACAAUUUUCCCUCAUUUAGACUGUAUGGACGACUUGAAGAAAAUCUCGGAUUUGCGUACACCCGCCAGCUGGUAUCCCAGCGCACGUGCAAUUACGCGCAAAAUCGUAUUUCAUGCAGGGCCAACGAAUUCGGGAAAAACAUAUCAUGCUAUGGAACGAUUUCUCACUGCUAAGUCAGGGGUGUAUUGCGGGCCUUUAAAACUGUUAGCCACGGAAGUGUUCAACAAAGCCAAUGAAAGGGGUACGCCCUGCGAUUUGGUUACGGGUGAGGAGCGUAAAUUUGGUAUCAAUGAAGAUACAGCAGCAAGUCAUGUUGCUUGUACUGUGGAAAUGACAUCUGUGAAUACGCCAUAUGAAGUCGCGGUUAUCGAUGAAAUACAGCAGUUGCGUGACCCACAGCGAGGAUGGGCUUGGACUCGUGCCUUUCUUGGUCUAAUCGCCGACGAGGUGCAUGUUUGCGGUGAGGCCGGUGCUUUGGAAUUGUUGCAGAAAAUUUGUGAGACCACAAAUGAGACUGUGGAAGUGAAUAAUUACGAAAGACUUACGGAGCUCACCGUUGAAGACUCGGCUUUGGGAAGUUUAGACUACAUCCAGCCUGGAGAUUGCAUCGUUUGUUUUAGUAAAAAUGAUAUUUACUCAGUAUCGCGUGAAAUUGAAGCAAGGGGCAAAGAAGUUGCUGUCAUCUAUGGAGGAUUGCCGCCAGGCACUAAAUUGGCGCAAGCAGCCAAGUUUAAUGAUCCCGACAAUAGCUGUAAAGUAAUGGUGGCAACGGAUGCUAUCGGUAUGGGACUUAAUUUGAGCAUUCGGCGCAUUAUUUUCUACUCCAUAAUUAAGCCUGCUAUGAAUGAAAAGGGUGAACGUGAAGUCGAUACAAUAUCCGUGUCUUCAGCACUGCAAAUUGCGGGACGCGCUGGACGCUAUCGUACGCAGUGGGAGCACGGCUAUGUCACCACUUUCAAAUCGGACGAUCUGCAAGUCUUGCGUAAGCUUUUAACACAAAAACCCGAGCCACUAAAACAAGCUGGCUUGCAUCCUACCGCCGAUCAAAUUGAACUCUAUGCUUACCAUCUGCCUAAUUCGACGCUCAGCAAUUUAAUGGAUAUAUUUGUGAAUUUAUGCACUGUUGACGACUCCUUGUAUUUUAUGUGCAACAUUGAGGAUUUCAAAUUUUUAGCUGAGAUGAUAGAGCAUGUGCCACUGGCCUUGCGCGCACGUUACGUAUUCUGUUGUGCACCUAUUAAUAAGAAAAUGCCGUUUGUGUGUUCUAUGUUCCUAAAGAUUGCCAGACAGUACAGCCGCAACGAACCGAUCACCUUCGAUUUCAUUACACGCAAUUGCGGUUGGCCUUUUGCUUUGCCUAAGACUAUAAUUGAUCUUAUGCAUCUCGAAUCCGUAUUUGAUGUAAUGGAUUUAUAUUUGUGGCUGAGCUAUCGUUUCUUGGAUCUAUUCCCAGACGCUGCCGCCGUACGGGUGGCGCAAAAAGAACUUGAUGAAAUCAUACAGCAGGGAGUUUUUCAAAUAACGCGGCUACUUAAGAACUCCGAAGCCAGUCAGAAUGCAGCCGAUGGUGAUAUGACCUAUAAUAUACGACGCGUCACACAAAUGCGGGAACCACGCAUUCCCAGCGCGUCACGCGGCCGCCUUACAGAACGCUUAUUGGCUCAAGGUCUGCUAACACCGGGCAUGCUUAGUGAAUUGCGGAAAGAGUGGGAUGCACAGCAACAGUCUCUAGCACAGCCUGCUGGUGAUAAUCCCUUCGAAGAUGAUGACGACAGCAAUAACAGUGCAUACAAGAAGAUGCGUAGAAAACGUCGCAAGUGAGAGAGAAUAAAAUGAUAGAAAACUAUUUUGAUUUAUGUAUAUUAUUUUUCGUUGCAUGUAGUUAAUUGCAGCAAAUAUUUUAUAGAGUUCAUUUAUUACAAAAUUUUGACAAAUUUUUGCGCGCGGCAAAAAAGUUGUUUGUAAUGGAUGAAAUCUGAGUGGUACAUAGUUUAAUCACUUGUAUAAGUUAGUUAGAAACUAGCUUAUAUGUAUGUUUAUAUUUGCUAAUCGUUUAGAAGAGAAAGGAUGAAAUAAAAAAUUUCAAUAAA